AAAAUAAUGACAAGGAAGAGAAAGAAAUGUGGUGGAACGCGGCGACGGACAAACAGGUGGCCGUGUGGUUAAAGAAAAAGGAAAGCAGGGAAUCUCUCUCUAUCUCUCUCUCUCCAACACGUUUCAAUGGCGGGAUCCUCUAUUCUCUCUCUGUCUCGUCCUCCUCCAUCUCUGCUGCUUCACAGGAGAUUUCUCGUUCCCUCUUUCAGAGUCUGUGCUUCUUCCUCUUUUUCUCAGAAGCCGAAGGUCGUCGUUACAAGAGAACGAGGCAAGAAUGGGAAGCUCAUUGACGCUCUGACCAAACAUGGAAUUAAUUGCUUGGAGCUUCCUCUCAUUCAGCAUACAGAAGGGCCUGAUUUUGACAGACUUGCAACUGUAUUAAGUGUGACUGAAUUUGACUGGAUUGUUAUAACUUCUCCUGAGGCAGGGUCAGUGUUUCUUGAAGCUUGGAAGGCUGCUGGAACCCCAAAAGUUCAAGUGGGUGUGGUUGGAGCUGGUACAGCAAGCAUCUUCAAGGAAGUGAUGCAGUCACACGAUCAACCUCUCACUGUUGCCUUCUCACCAUCAAAAGCCACAGGCAAGGUUUUGGCUUCAGAACUUCCCAAGUAUGGGAGCAGAACAUGCACCGUCUUGUAUCCUGCUUCUGCAAAGGCUGGCAGUGAGAUUGAGGAAGGACUGUCAGGUCGCGGAUUUAAGGUGACAAGGCUAAAUACAUACUCCACGGUACCUGUUCAUGAAGUAGACCAAAUGGUUUUAGUACAAGCACUUUCUGCUCCAGUUGUUGCAGUAGCUUCCCCCUCGGCAAUUCGGGCUUGGGUUAAUCUAAUUUCGAGAUCAGGGCAGUGGAACAAUUCUGUUGCCUGCAUUGGUGAGACAACUGCUUUGGCUGCAAAAAAAUUAGGCUUGAAGAAUGUGUACCAUCCUACAAAUCCUGGUCUUGAAGGGUGGGUUGACAGUAUUCUUGAAGCCUUGAGAGUCCAUGAUCAAAUCCGGAAAGCAUUGAUUUCUUGAUGAGGGACAAACAGGUGCAGAACUAAAUUACUCGCCUUCCCAAGGCUUGUGUCUGUUUAUAUUCCUGGUGACAAGCAACGGAACUUUGCAGGAGUUGCAGAACUAUAACGUCAAUUUGUCUGCUGUUGCUGAACAAUUUAAUCUGUCUCAUUAUUGGUACAAAACAAGAAAGUGCAUUUUUUUGGAGACAAUGUGGUCGGUAAGGCAAUCUAGGGCAAAAGGAUGACUAGCCAGAUGACCUGGUAAUCUUCUACACUGUAAAUACGCCAUUCCAGUMUUUUGCUUAUUACCAAAGGCAUUAUAUGUUUAUAGUUCCCUAAUUGGUUGACUGGUGGAUCAUGUUUCCUAAUAUCUCAAGGUCAGUUACGAGUGUCCAAUUCAUUUUGUUUACAAGUUCAGAUAAUGUAAAAAGAACGUGAAAAUCCUCCCGCAUGUAAUAUCUGAUAAGAUUUCAUUUGCACAAUUCUGCGCAUGGAUGCCAUGGAGAAAGAAGCUCUAGUGGGCAAUCUGGGUAAAAUUGAUUUUUUCUGCA